AUGAAAGUCAAUUUAGCACCAGUCCACUUCUUUUCCCAUGGCUCGACCAUGAUGCUGGGAGAGGACUCCGAGUCAGCCGAUUACUGGAAAAAAGCUGGCGAUCAAGCAUUAGCCAACAAGAUUAAAGGCGUGAUUAUGAUGGGCGCGCAUUGGGACGCUUCAGGUGACCGCAUGGAAGUCGCCAUAAACCCCAAACCAGGAAAAUCACCAGUCGCGUAUGUCCACCCAUCGAAAUACGUCGACUACGAACUCAAUCCCGAUCUCGAAACUGGCGAGAGAUGUAUUUCUCUUUUAAAAAAUGCUGGCUUCAACGUCUCAGGUAACCCGGACUUUGAAUGGAUCCAUGACACAUAUCUCAUCCUCAUCCGCAUGUUUCCCAACGGCUGCCCACCAACAACACUCAUCUCCAUGAACGCGCGCUUCGACCCGCACUACCACAUGCGCGUCGGCGAAACCCUGCGCUGUCUGCGCAAAGAAGGCUAUCUGAUCAUCGGCUCCGGCGGCGCGGUGCACAACCUCUACCGCAACAUCUGGGCGCCCAUCGUGUACUACUCGGACAACUUCGCGCAGGAGAAGCCGCCCGAGGCGUGGGCGCUGGAGUUUCGACAGGCGGUGGAGGAUGUCAUCAAGAACAACAGCGGGCCUCGGCUUAGGCGCGCCAUGACGAGGCUGAUGAAGCAUCCUUGCUACAGGGAUGCACAUGCUACGGAUGACCACUUCAUGUCGGCGCUGUUUGUGGUGGGAGCGGUGGGUGAUGAGGAGGAUGAGGGUGUUUAUGGUGAGCUCAAGGCGGAGACUUGGGAACUGACCAAUAUGUGUAAUAGUCAGUUUACAUUUGGGACAUGGCCUAGGACACUUGCUACUGCGGCCUGA